AUGUCGGUGAGCAGCCCCGCACGGCUCCCGCUGUUCGCAGGACUCUACCGCGCCGCUCUCCGCUCCCGACUUUUCUGGAAAGAGAGGGAGGCGGAGCGAGUCGAGCCAAUCAGCGCCGCCGGCCUCGGCCCCGCCUACCUUUCGGCCGUCCCCUCAGCCAAAUUUACGCCCACCGAGCACAACUGCGCUUGCGGAGGGCCGAGGCUCGGGACGGGAGCGCGCGUGCCUCCGCGUCACGUGAGGCGGUUCCGCCGAGCUGAUUGGUGCGGCGCGAGGCUGGUGGCGAGCCGGAGUUCGCGCGCUUUAAACGCCGCGUUGCCAUGGCGACGGAGCCCGCCCUGCGCGGGGGCGGGAACGGCGCGUCCCGUCCGUGCGUCCGUCCGUUCCGGUAACGCGCUGUCUGUUUGUCCCCGCAGCGUGGCGAUGCGUGUCUGCUGGCUAGUGGGGACGGAGGAGCACGGGCUGCGUGUGCCGCUGCCGCACAUGGCCGCCGUGCUGCUGGGCCGCGGGCCGCGAACCCGUAUCGCCGACAGGAGGUGCUCGCGACAGCAAGUUCUGUUGAAAGCAGACUGUAACAAGGGGUAUGUCACAGUUAAGCAGGGUGAUCCACAUCGUCAGACAGAAUCUGUUCAGUCGGCCCACGUAGGUUGCCCAUGCCACAUUGUGUUAUCAGGUACUGCUUUUCCAUUACCAGCUAAACGAGUCAACCCAACUAGUGUCGAUUUAGUGGAUAUUGGCAAGGAUGAAGAGGUGAAAAUGAGGCCGGGCCAAGUUCUGCAUAUUGUGAAUAAACUUUACCCCUUCGUGGUGCAAUUUGGUGAAGAAUCAGAGGGAACUGUUACAGAAGCAGAAGAGAAAAUACAAACUGAAAAGAGGCCAUGUGAAGACUCCUAUGAGAAUGAUGAAAUAGAAAGUGUGCCCAGAAAGGCAAAGAAGAUGGAGGUGGUGGAUACACAAAGCAGAUCUGCGGGCCUCAGGCCAAGCAAGAGCAGUGUAUCUCCACACGAAGAGACAACGAGCGGAAAGGCAAGUGUAUUCCUACCAGUACUUCUGCUGUUUCUCCUGGGGUUGUCUCCUCCAUUAGAGGGUUUUCAUCUUUUCUUCUGUAUGUGCUACCUGUGGGGAACUUCUUAGAUGAACCUGGGCCCUAGGAGUGUGCAGAGCACGAGUUGCCACAUACACGGGCAAAGGUGUGCUCCUGAUGUCACAUAGCUCCUGAGAGCACAACCUGGAUCCCAUGUCAGCUGGAGAGUGCUAAAGUAACGAGCUGGCUUCAGCAAAUGAAGUCUCGAUCUCUGGUUCCUGUUGCAGUUUCUUAUGGAAGAGCAGAGCUCCACUGAGCACUGCUUA